CGUUCAUGCGCGCCACAUGCGCGUGCACGCGUCUAUUGAACUGUCAGAAGUUGAGUGAAGAGCAGGAACACUGUCGGUGUAAUAUCCACGGUAAACACGGAUACAUUGCGCAGACAGCUUCAAGAUGUGGAAGUCAGUCGUGGGCCACAAUGUGAGCAUGAAGGUGGCUGCAGAGGGGGACGACUGGGAGACGGACCCUGACUUUGAGAAUGAUAUAUCAGAGCAGGAGCAGAGGUGGGGGGCAAAGACCAUCGAGGGCUCGGGCCGUAAAGAGCACAUCAGUGUUGCAGAGCUGAGGAGCAAAGUGGCUGUGGAGCACGAGCAGGUGAAGAAGAAGGAUCACACUCCCAAAGCCUCGUACGGAUAUGGAGGGAAGUUUGGAGUGGAGAAGGACAGAAUGGACAAGGCGGCGUUGGGUCACGACUAUGUGGCAGAUGUGGAGCAGCACUCCUCUCAGAAAGAUGCGGCUAAAGGGUUCGGAGGGAAGUACGGUGUCCAGAAAGACCGGGUGGAUCAGUCUGCCAUGGGCUUUGAGUACAAAGGAGAGGUGCAGCAGCACGCGUCUCAGAAAGAUUACUCUAAGGGGUUUGGAGGGAAGUACGGUGUGGAGAAGGAGAAGGUGGACAAGGCUGCGAUGGGCUACGAUUAUAAGAGCCAGACAGAGAAGCAUCAGUCUCAGAAAGAUUAUUCUAAGGGAUUCGGAGGGAAGUACGGGGUGGAGAAGGAGAAGGUGGACAAAGCUGCUUUAGGCUACGACUAUAAAGGAGAGACGGAGAAGCAUCAGUCACAGAAAGAUUACUCUAAGGGAUUCGGAGGGAAGUAUGGAGUGGAGAAGGAGAAGGUGGACAAAGCUGCGCAUGGCUACGACUAUAAAGGAGAGACGGAGAAACAUCAGUCACAGAAAGAUUAUUCAGCAGGGUUCGGAGGACGAUAUGGAGUACAGGCAGACCGCAUGGAUAAGAGUGCGGCAGGUUUCUCAGACAUAGACUCUCCCACCUCCGCCUAUGAGAAGACACAACCUAUAGAGGCUUCGACUGCAGGAGCCGGGAAACUGAAGGCCCGUUUCGAGAACAUGGCCAAAUCUUCAGAGGAGGAGAACAGGAAGAAAGCAGAGGAAGAGAGAGCGAGGAGGCAAGCCAGAGAGGGCCGAGAGCGAGAGGCAGCCAGACACAGACAGGAGGAGGAGAGCAGGAGAGAGCCGGACACUCAGCCUCCACCUCUUCCUGAUGUAGCUGCAAAGCGCUCCAUGCAACGACUGGAAACACACCAGAGUGUGCCUGAACCAGUAUAUCAACCAGAACCAGAACCAGUAUAUCAACCAGAACCAGAACCAGUAUAUCAACCAGAACCAGAACCAAAAUAUCAACCAGAACCAGAACCAGUAUAUCAACCAGAACCAGAACUGGAGGAACCAGAGUAUGAAGAGCCUCCAGCUCUGCCCCCUCGCUCUGACGGCUACCUGGAUGAUGAACAGGAAGCUCCGCCCCUUCCUGCCAGGUCAACAGAAGUGGAAGAAGAAGAAGAGGACGACGGGGCAGAGUACGAGGAGCUUGAGCCUCCUCGCCCUCCUUCACCGACAGCGGUGGACAACGACUACGAGGACCUGACGUGUGGCCAGCAGGCUGUCGCACUUUAUGAUUACGAAGGAGAGGCUGACGACGAGAUCUCCUUCAACCCUGAUGAGAUCAUCACCAACAUCGAGAUGAUCGACGAGGGUUGGUGGAAGGGACAGUGUCACGGACGCAUCGGCCUGUUCCCGGCCGCUUACGUUCGGUUAAUGGACUGAGCUUCAUGCUCUGCAGGAUUCUGCACAAUCUCAACUUUACAGGCUCUUCAACAUAAAACAGCUUUAAAAGAAGAAAUCACUGCAGAUUGUACAAAAGUGAAUUCUCUCUUAUCUUUCUUUCCAUGAACUCAUUAAAAACAAAGAUGCAAGUCAUGUUUGAGCAAAGAGCUGAUUCAAAUAAAAGUGGUCUUCUACAGGUGAGCUUCUUCAGGAGUUUGAUUGAUGACAACUUUUAUUUAUGCAUCUCUCAUCAGUGUCAACUUACAGUGACAUGAUUAUUAUUACUACUGUUCAGCCUCUCUGUGAGGCUUCAUGUUCAGAGUGUCUGUGUUUGAUUCUGCUCAUAAAACCUGUGAUUGAACACAACA